GAGACAUUUGGCUGACUACUUCUAUUCAGCAAGGUUCAAAGUUUGAGGUUUGAUGACAUUCGCUUUCAAUGACUACGGCAAGUAUUUUAAAUAUUUUCGUCACAAGUGGUCAUGGGGAAGAAAAUAAAAACAGGGAAAGCGAGGAAGGAUAAAUUUUAUUUUCUUGCAAAGGAAACUGGAUUCCGAUCUAGAGCAGCGUUUAAGUUGAUCCAGUUAAAUCGUCGCUUCAAGUUUCUAAAUUCCUCCAAAGUUCUAAUAGACUUAUGUGCUGCUCCUGGAGGCUGGUUGCAAGUUGCAGCCAAGGAAAUGCCAAUGACCAGCCACAUUUUAGGAGUAGACUUGGUGCCUAUUCACCCUAUUCCAAAAGUCAAGACAUUUAUUGCCGAUAUAACAACUGAUAAAUGCAAGCAGAUUCUGCGAAACGAGUUAAACGAUUUAAAGGCUGAUGUCGUCUUACACGAUGGUGCUCCGAAUGUGGGGGCUGCCUGGUCAAUCGAUGAAUAUGGCCAAGCUGUACUUUCGCUCAAUUCAUUUGCGAUUGCAACUGAGUUCUUACGCAGAGGUGGCUGGUUUGUCACUAAGGUUUUUAGGAGUCGAGAUUAUGAACCGCUUAAGUGGGUUCUAUCUCAGUUUUUCCGGACUGUACGUGCUAUUAAACCUGAAGCCUCUCGACUCGAAUCUGCAGAAAUCUUUCUUGUUGGACAGAAUUAUAUCGCUCCUGCACGUAUCGAUCCCAAGUUCUUGGAUGCACGACAUGUAUUUGGGGAGGUUGAUGCACCAAAAGAUCGCGCUGCAUUGGUUUCCACUUUUUUGAAGGAAAGCCGCAAAAAGAAGGCUGAAGGUUAUGAUGAGGGAGACACAUUGUAUCAUGAGCUCCCACUUUCUAAAUUUUUGGAGUCAAGUGAUCCUCUGGAGGCUCUUGCGAAAACUAACAAGGUUAUUUUUGAUGUUCCGGAAAUUGCAUGCCACCCAUUAACUACUGCUUUGAUCAAGGAAGACUUUAGUGAUAUUCAAGUCCUUGGGAAGAGCGAUAUUAAAAAUCUUCUCAAAUGGAGGAUGAAAAUUCUCAGUAUCUUUAAAGCUGAAUCAAAAGAGUCCAAAGACAGUAUUGAAGAAUCUACUCUUCCUAAAAGGGGUAUUGAUGAAGAUGAAGAGGAUUUGGAAGUCGAGACACAAGUUCAAAGGUUGUUGGACGAGGAAGAAAAACUAAAGAAAAAAAAAAUGAAAAAGGUUAGAAAAGAGAAACGAAAACUUGCAGAACGCUAUGUACUAAAAAUGUCACACGAAUCUGACUAUAUUGAACAAAAUGAUGACGAGUUGUUUUCCUUAGCUGCUGUAAAGGAUUUAGUUGGUUUAGAAGAGUCUAACAAAUUGUCAGGGGACACUAGUAACACUGGUGUAGAUGAUUUAGCACGUGAACAAAUCGAUGCUGCUUUGAAAGCCAAACGUAAACGUUUAGCUGAUGAAUGGUGUUCAGCAGUAGAAGGGAAAAAACGUGUUCAUUUUGAGAGGCGUUCUGGCAAUCAAUCUGAUGAACAUUUGUCUGACAGUGAACUGUUUGGUGAAAUUUAUGCACAUAACCAACGUGAUGAUUUGUAUCUGAGUUCUGAAGAAAGCAGUGAAGGUGAGUCGGGUAAAGAAAAUCGUGAAAAUCGAAAAUCAACCUUAAGUUCAGAAGAAGAAUCUUCAGAAAUCGAUGAGGAUUCAAAUAGUAUCAGUUUAUCGAAUUCGCCUUCUUUAAAAUCCUAUUCGAAUGACAGGAGGGUUAAAUCCAAACGAAAAAUGAUCCUACCACCUGGAUUAGCAUUAUCUACUUCUGAACAAGGUAAAAGGAACCCUUUGCUCGUAGAUUUGGACGAUUCUGAAGAAAUUGUCAAGAAAAAACGCAAAAUAGAGUCAUGGUUUGGUUCGGAUGAAAUUCAAGAAAUACUUGCUCCAUUGGAAAAAGAAGACGAGAAUAUUUCGACGGUCACUUCAACUAAAAAGUCUAAGUCUGAGUAUACAUCAGAUACUGUGAUAAAGAAAAAGAAACGCGAAAAGAAAACGGUUAAUGAUGAAACUGUCGGUUUACAAGAUAACUGUGUGUCACCAUCUUCAGAAAUUUCGAUACCUAAAGUUUCAUAAUCAUUCUCAUAUGCACUAUUAAAUGCCUUCGUUUACUUUAUACAUGAAUCAGCUGGUUUAUUUCACCAAUUGAUAAUAUACAUCAGAUUUAUCCAUUAAUUGUUCAGUUAUUUAAACUUGAUAGCCGUCAACUUGCAUCUGUGUUAUUCACAGUGAUUACGAGUCAACAGUUUGCUAUUUUCUUCUAUAAGGAUUGCUAGUGACUCUGUUCUGGACUGGAGGUCAGUAAUUUGAAACAUCUAGUGUGAAUCAGAAUUAACGUUACAAACUAUCGCUUAGUUUUUCUCUUAUAUUCCGUAUAAUAAGUAGAAUGUUUCCCAAGACGAAAAGCUUUUUUGAGUUGGAUUACUUGAUUUUCAUACUUUGAUUCAUAGUUGCUCAGUUUUAUGGAGUAUGAACCUUUUGACGCGUUGUUUAUGCGAAGCUUUUCCACAAUAUAAAGACAAACGUUGACUUCGUUGGAUUUGAGAAAUACUAGUAUUUUGUGAAAACAGUUAAAUUGAGGUAAAACACGCGACAAUCGUGUCUUGAUUGAAGUUACCACAUUUUCAACUAGUGUAAUUAACACAUUACAAAUAGAUGUUGAGAAUUGGAAAUUUAGGAGAAGAAAUUCGACUGAAAUAAUAACAACUUAAUUUGGUGAUCACAUUUUUCUUUUUUUCUCAAUCUUAAUGGAGAAAAUAAGUCAACAUAACAUGGAUUCAUAACCUCACUGCAAACUCUUUUCAUUUUUCUUCAAUUUUAAUAAAUAUUAGCUGAAAAACUUGAGAAACCAUUACACCGUAUACGACGUCUCAAUCGCCCAUUAACUGCAGAAGAGCGUGCCAUAGCCACUCGUCUUAUUCAGUCUGCAAAAUCUAGACGUGAACUACUUGAAUCAGGAUAUAAUCGUUAUCAAUUCUUUGAAAAGUCCUCUGAUUUGCCCGAUUGGUUUAUUGAAGAUGAAAAGAAACAUAUGAGAAAACCCAUAAUGGUUAAAAAAGAGGAAAUCCCGGUCGAUGUACCUACGAUGGGACGUUCCCUUUCAAAAGCGGAACAAGCCAAAGCACGUAAAAAGGCUCGUCUAGCCAAACGUUUAAAACGAAUUCGUCAGAAGGCAGAAGGUAUAUCUGAUGAAAUACCAGAAACUGAAAAGUGGCAACAAAUAAAACAACUUUAUAAGAAAGCUGGCCUGUUGAAAAAGAAGCGUCGCCCUCUUCAUGUAAUUGUAAAUACAAAAGCUGGUUCGCGUAGCGGGGGAACUAAACCUCAAAAAGGUGCUAAAGUCAAAAUUGUAGAUAAAAGAAUGAAAGCAGAUUUACGUGGACAGCAAAAAGCUAAAGAUGGAAAAAAGCAUGGAAAGCGUAAGAAUAAAGUUGGGCGUCCUGGAAGGCCAAAAAGUCGAGGAUUCGGAAAGAGACGUUAACUGUUCUGUUCCGUUUAUUGAGAUCUGUAUAUACAAAUCAUUUGAUUAUAUUGAUUUUUGUAAAAUAUGCUUAUUCUUCUUUCUCAUCUACUUGCUGAGUACAAUAUACAGUCAUUUAGUAUGCAGAUAACUUUCUUAACUAUUACAAUAUUUUCCAUGUAGGUAACUAAUUCAAAAAUGAAGAAUAUUUGAGCAAACAAUUGUUCUCAAUAACUUCAUCAUCAGGCUUUACAGUUAAGUCCAUAAUUAUGAUAUUUUGUAAAAGCCAAAAUAAG